AUAAUCGUGAGGAUUAUACGUAUGUACUUAUGUAGCAACGGUAGUAAGAUUACGACAUGGUCAUAUAAACAACACAUACAUACAUGUAUAUGGAACAUAACCUAAUCACUGUUAAAUCAACACAAACAACUGUCAUGUAUACUGUGUAGAAAGUUUCUUAAUGAUUCUUACAUUUCACUGAGAUAAAACUUAUCGAAUAAUUCAUAAUUAUGACAGAAGCAUCGUUUACUAAACCAGCGAAUGAUUCGCAGUUCCUUCGAAAUGAACCUGUGAAUUACACUACCGAAAUUCGACAGAUGAUGCAUGGUUUUGGAGACAGUAGUGAACCAUUAAUUGAAUCUGCGAAAAUCAUAGAAGAAGUUGUUCUACAACAAAUGAGGACAAUAGUAAGAAAAGCUUGCGAAAUUUCUGAGAAACGGGGAAAUUCGAAAAAGGGUAUUUGUAUUUCAGCGGAAGAUCUGAUUUUCUUAUUACGCAAAAACAAAGUGAAAUUGCAACGCCUUCUAAAAUAUUUAGAAUUAAAAGAAUUUAAGUCUUCCAUACACAAAACAAUAGAAAGCGAUUCACCCGAAGAUAUUGUACAGAAUGAAAGUCCAAAUGGAUCAAAAAAGAAAGGAUCACUGCAUAGUUUUCUUAGUCAAAUUAACAAUACUGGUGAACUUCUUGAAGAUGCAUCUACUGUAGAUGAAGUUAAACAACAAAGAUGUAUUCGUGCAGAAAUUAUGACACGGUCUAUGGAUGAAGCUAGAUAUUUAAAAUUCAGUAAGGCACGUAAUGCAUCCUUUGCAAAUAAGAAUAGGCACAAAUUUAGUGAUUGGAUAGCACCAGACAGUGAUAUAACAGUCACAAAACAAGCAUAUAUAAUUUUGGGUUAUUUAGCAUAUGAAACAGUAGCACAAAUUAUAGAUUUUGCACUAUUAGUAAGACAGGACCAAAAUAAAAUAUAUGGGGAUGCUAUAGAUCGACUUAGACUUAGUUAUGUUAAUCCAUACACUUAUAAACCAUAUUACCAUGGCAAGCAGGUAGCUGUAACAAAACCAAUAACACCUGCAGAAAUAAUUGAAGCUCUCAGACGGUAUUGGUCACCUCAAUUGGAUAUGACAGGUCCAUUUAAUCGUUGGUCCAUGAGAAAACCACACUUAAAACUUCUAUCUUCAUAAAGUAGAUUAACUUAAUUCAUUUAAUUAGAGGAGCAAAGUUUAUGCUCUUCUAAAAUGGAGCCUUCUAUAAAAAAAAUUAUCAGUAUUCUAAAUUUAUAUUUGAUUAAAUGUGUAUUUUAAUCUUUGUAUAUUAAACUACAAUACAGGAGUGUUUUAAAAUUG